CAUCAAUCGAGAUGCAGCCGCGACUCUUCACAUUGGCAGCUGCCUUCAGAGGCUCAGCACCGUGGGCGCGGACUGCACAGCAGGCCCCGAAGCUGAAGAUAGCGCAAUUCAUCUGCAGAAGCUGCCAGCGGAAAUUUUCCACGUCGCCAGCCCUACGCGCUGCAGCUAAGAAUGCAGAGAAGGAUCGCAUGUACAAGUCGAGGUUGUUGAUCUACGAUGCCGGAGACACACGCACAACAUGGGUCUCCUUCUGGAAAGCCAUGGCCCUGCUGCAGUUUGGAACAACCCUCGUCUUCGCGGUGCCACCGUUAUGGAACAAUGAAAACCAGCCUGAUCCUAACUUGAGGAAGGCACAGGCUAUACUGGUCGGCGUCCUCGGCACCAUCCCCACCCUAACAAUGGCCUACGUGACCGCACCCUUCGUGCACCAAGUCUUCCUUCAAAUCCCCGAGUACGCGCGCCGCUCUCGUCACAACCUGAUGAACUUCGCGCGCUCGCUGAACAACCCAACCAACAGCGCCCCCACCGCGAACACCAAACUCGAGUUCGUCACGCUGCGCAUCUUCCCCUUCCGCAAGAAUACCACCGCCUUCUUGCACGAGCUGCGCGCGCUGCCGAGCAGGAAGUUCCGUCUGGCUAAUCUCGAAAUCCCAAAAAGUGAGGCGUGGGCGCAGAGACAGCGCGCAAAGGGGAUUGGGAAGAGAAUGUUGGAAGUUAUCGCUGAGCCGCGGUUCAAAUUCUUCGUAAAGGAGGGCAAGAUGUUCACGACGAAAACAGGGGUACCGGGGGUGUGGGAGGAGGUAGCGAUGAGAAUCAAGGGGCAGACGGAUAAAACUGUGAAGAAGGGGAAUGCGGAUAUGGCUGCGCCUCAUGGCGCGAUUCGGAGACCUGCUGUUAAAGGGCCGAUGGUGUUGAAGAGACCGGCGAAGGUCGUGGAGGAGGCGAGGGUGAGGAGACAGACUGCACGACCUCCAAGAUAGACAUGACCUCCAAGAUAAGCGCCCUGUUAGACACGUUGUCCAUCCCUACAUUUUGACCAGGAACGACUGUGAAAUAGCAGUGGCACGUCGACGGUGGACAACAUUUUCUUGUCUGUGACUACGGUUUGAGAGAUGGAGAUGGCAAUGA